UUUGUGAAUUGUAUUGUUGAAAUUUGCUUUAAACUCCCAAUGAACGGAACUAUGACAGAAACCACUGACGGCACUGCACCGUCUAAUGGGGAAACAUCGGAUGAAUUGCAAAAGUUUUCACAAAAAGAUGCUGCUUGUUACCUUCGUUGUCGUGGACUUCCCUAUUCUGCAUCGGAGAGUGACGUUAGAAAAUUUUUUGAAGAUUGGAAUGUUGUUGAAGUUAGUUUCACAAGUAGCAUUGAUGGAAAGCCUACUGGUGAGUGUUAUGUGCAAUUUGGAACUCGACAAGAGGCUUCUGAUGCUCAAUCUAAAGAUCGUCAAACAAUUGGCAGCCGUUAUAUUGAAGUUUUCCAAGUAAGCGAUAUUGAAAUGGAGCAACUGAUGAAACGUUUACAUAUGAAACGCACUAUGGCAACUAAAGGUUUUGUACGUGUUCGUGGACUCCCUUAUACUUGCACAAAAGACCAAGUCCAGCAAUUCUUUCAAGGGUUGACAGUGGAGGAAGUUGUCUUUGGGAAGGAACCCGGGCUAGAGGGGCGACCAACGGGAGAGGGGUUUGUGAAAUUCGGCGCCUCCGAAGAGGCAGAACGGGCUUUGCAACUUAAUGGGCAACAUAUGGGGACAAGAUACUUGGAAAUAUUCAAAAGUGAUGGAGCCGCGUUUGAAGCUUUUAAAUUGCGUUCACAAAACAAUAUUGUCCCUUUGAAAGCUCUAGCACAGUCUACUCCAGAUUGGGGGCCUGGAUAUGGUGGUGGAUAUGGCUAUGGCGGAGGCGGAUAUGGUUAUGGACCUGGUCCCGGUGAUCAUUAUGGUGGUGGAUAUUCAUUUGGUUCUGGUUAUGAACAACGUGGUGGAGGCGGACGCCCAUAUGGAAGAGGAUAUAAUGAUGCUCCUUCUAAUCGCUAUUCACCAUAUCCCAACUAUGGUGGAGGUUACGGUUAUGGCGGUGGAGGGGGAGGAGGAGGAGGUCGUCAUGGUGGGCGAGGCAAUCGAGGUGGCGGUGAUUAUCGGGGUGGAUAUGAUGAUGGUUAUGGUGGUGGAGGUUAUGGGGGCGGUGCUGGAUAUGGUGGUUAUCAAGAUAGUAUUGUUGGGCCUACUAAAGUUUAUAUGCGUGGUAUUCCAUUCCGAAUUACUGCUGCGGAGCUUGAACGAUUUUUUGCACCUUUAGUUCUUGUUGACAUACAGAUUGGAGCGAUGCCUGAUGGCCGGUCAAGUGGUGAUGGUAUUGUUGAAUUUCAAACACCGGCAGAUGCUCGCCAAGCUUUAAGCAAAGAUCGCGAGAGCAUUGGAUCUCGAUAUAUUGAACUAUUUCCAACCGUUAACGCCAAAAUUCCGUCUCAUGUGAAUUAUAACAGCAUUGGCGGGAAAGGAGGAGCACUACCACGUGCUGGUGGUGCUGCAGCUGGUGGUGGUUCGGAGCUUUCAGCGCCAUCUCAGCAAUAUGUAUCGGGUCAGUAUGGACAAUAUGGCAGUGACUAUUAUGGAUAUGGCGGUGCCGGGUAUGGGGGAGCUGCUGGUGCUGGGUACGGCGCUUCUGCUGCUGCUGGGUAUGGUGGUGGAGCUGCACAAGAUGUCAAACCUGUUGAUUACAAUUGGUAA